AGUAUUCACGUGUUAGUUCACUGGCGUGUUCCUCGGCAGCAGCACCCCCUCUCUGCCUCCCCCAAGUUCCAACUGUUGUGCUGCCGCAGGAUUCGGUCUGCCCGGGCAGAGCCCCCUCUAGAUUGGGUCACAGCAGGAGUGUGGUGAAAGUGAUCUUCGCCCUCCCAUCGCACACAAAGGCGAGGAGCUGCUUAAAGGGACCUGCCCGCUCCUCCAUGAAGCUGCAAACGCCAGUCCGCGAGGGCUCAGCGAGCCGGGGUUUCUCCGGAGAAUGAGUGGGGAGGGGUCCUGAGGCGCCUCCGCGUCCUCCCGGAGCGGGGGAGGGAGGGAGCUGCCGGCGGGAGCACGCGAAACCAGCGGUCCGCGGGGACGGCUUCCCGUCAGCUGCUAGCUGGGAUGCUCCGCGCCAGCCGCGCGCCCUGCCGUGGUCCAGAGGAUGCUGGCGGCGCAUCCUGCGGUAUGCCUGCGUUGAUCUGAGCCAGCGCCCAGCGCGAGCCUGCAUUCCGGCGCCGCGGACUGGCUCUCGGCAAGGCUGUGCGCGGUCACCAUGCAUGCUCAGCUCUAGGCUGCUGGAACAGCCUCCGGACUACAUGGACUGGGCUGUUUAAUCAGCCGAGAUUACUGCCGGGGAAGCUUUCGGAGCUUGAUCCGCGCUCCAGCUGCUGUGACAACUUCGGGGCUGGCUGUUUACUUCUCUGGGUCCCGGGGACAGUGUUCUGCAGCGCAGCCACCCCUGCCACUCGGCCGGCUCUGAAGUCAGCGGUCAGGACUCCUCUGACGGUGUCCCCAGGAAGGGGGAGCGAGGAGGGGUCAGAAGAGAGCAGAACCCCCCUAGCUGCUCAACCUCUCCUGACUGCCUGUGCUGUGGGGUUCUGAGAGGGACCGUGCGCUUUCCGGGGAAGCAAUGCAAGUCUCCAUAGCCUGCACUGAGCACAAUCUGAAGAGUCGGAAUGGUGAGGACCGACUUCUGAGCAAGCAGAGCUCCACCGCCCCCAAUGUGGUGAACGCAGCCCGGGCCAAAUUCCGCACGGUCGCUAUCAUCGCGCGCAGCCUGGGGACCUUCACCCCCCAGCAUCACAUUUCUCUCAAAGAGUCCACCGCAAAGCAGACUGGCAUGAAAUAUAGAAAUCUUGGAAAGUCAGGACUCAGAGUUUCUUGCUUGGGUCUUGGGACAUGGGUGACAUUUGGAGGUCAGAUUUCAGAUGAGGUUGCUGAACGGCUGAUGACCAUCGCCUAUGAAAGUGGCGUUAACCUCUUUGAUACUGCCGAGGUGUAUGCAGCUGGGAAAGCUGAAGUGAUUCUGGGGAGUAUCAUCAAGAAGAAAGGCUGGAGGAGAUCCAGCCUCGUCAUAACAACUAAGCUCUACUGGGGUGGAAAAGCUGAAACAGAAAGAGGGUUGUCAAGAAAGCAUAUUAUUGAAGGACUGAAGGGCUCCCUUCAGAGGCUGCAGCUGGAAUAUGUAGAUGUGGUCUUCGCAAAUCGUCCAGACAGCAACACCCCCAUGGAAGAAAUUGUUCGAGCCAUGACACAUGUGAUCAACCAAGGCAUGGCGAUGUACUGGGGCACUUCCAGGUGGAGCGCUAUGGAGAUCAUGGAAGCCUAUUCGGUAGCAAGACAAUUCAAUAUGAUCCCACCAGUCUGUGAACAAGCUGAGUACCAUCUUUUCCAGAGAGAGAAGGUGGAGGUCCAGCUGCCAGAGCUCUACCAUAAAAUAGGGGUUGGCGCAAUGACGUGGUCCCCACUCGCCUGUGGGAUCAUCUCAGGAAAAUAUGGAAACGGGGUGCCUGAAAGUUCCAGAGCGUCACUAAAGUGCUACCAGUGGUUGAAGGAAAGAAUUGUAAGUGAAGAAGGAAGGAAACAGCAAAACAAGCUAAAAGACCUUUCUCCAAUUGCUGAGCGUCUAGGAUGCACGCUACCUCAGCUAGCCGUUGCAUGGUGCCUGAGAAAUGAAGGCGUGAGUUCUGUGCUUCUGGGAUCAUCUACUCCUGAGCAACUCAUUGAAAACCUCGGUGCCAUUCAGGUUCUCCCAAAGAUGACAUCACAUGUGGUAAAUGAAAUUGAUAACAUUUUACGCAAUAAGCCCUACAGCAAAAAGGACUACAGAUCCUAAGGCAAUGCAUGAGCCACAGAAGCUGCAUGGGUAAAAUAGCAGUUUGUACCCGGUACAGACUGGUGUUGUUAGCCACCCUUUUGAAUCACUUAGCAGCCUGCUGCUCAACCUCUAGUGUCCCUGGAUUCUCUGGUGUCUGCUGUUGCUAUCACUGUGCACCUGAAUUCUAAGCACAUCUGAAAACUCAUAACCAAGAAAUCCAUUCUAUUUUCUUAUCUUAGACUGGAGUCCCCUCUCCUUGCAUUGCUCUGUACACCUCACGCUUAUGCAACGGGAAAGAACAAUAGGGGAAAAGACAUUACUUUCAGGUAUUUGUUAAAGAAGGCUGUACAGAUAUAUUUUUUCAAAAAGAACAAAAUCCACAGAUGUAACAUAAAUUGCUAAGAGACAGAGCAGGAUAUCCUCAUUUAGAAGUCUUGCUUGGGAGAACAGAAACUUUACAUUUUAAUUCAUACUCAUAUUACCAAGUUUUAUUUCAUUUGUCAUUCAACAAGUUUCUAAAAUCAUGCUUUCAUUGCCUUUUAAGUACUUAUUGAUGCUUUGUCCUAUACAUUGUAUUCAGAGUGUCUUUUAGGAUUCUAAUAAUGUUAUGUCCAUUUACAUGUAAAGAUGACAAAUGAGUUCUCCACUCUUCAACUAGACCUUGUGGAUAGUGUAUGACAGGGAGUUAUAUUGACAUGGAAACUUAAGCUCUGAAUAAAUUGUAUGUACAACUGAGUGUUCACUUUUUCCACAUUUUACUAAAACCUGCUUUAUACUUUUAAUUGCUUGUAAACAUUCUCCAAGUUUUAAAUAUUGAGCUUUAAAAACACAUAUGCUCAGUUUUGUAAGUGAACCUGUAAAUACCCAGAAAGGCAAAUGUUCACCACUGGGACUUUUUAAUAUAAUGCUUGGUAUAUGAGAGUUCCUAACAUGAAAAUCACAGGCUUUGUGAAAGACAUGUCACUACUCUGAAUAUGCUGAACUUAUUAACUUUCCCAGUGAAAAGGAAAAUGUCCAAGAAAUUCCUGAUUUUAAUCAUAUAUAUACCAUAAUAUAUGCAUGAAAACUCUUUGCAUGGAUUAAACAGGCAUAGUCUUGCUGCACUCAGAAUCUGAGGUGUAUCUAGCCUUUCCACUUUGGCUACUUAACUUCACUAAUAUCCCACUUGAGAAAAACUGAGAAUAUACUUCGUGUGGAUAUUUGUUCAGGGAAGAGCAGGGGAUAUAGCUCAGCAACAUAGCACCUUCCAGGCAAGCUCUAGGACCUGAGUCUGAGUCCCAGUUUAAAAAAUAAAAAAAGCAAGCAAGCAAGGAAAGAAACGUCUUACUUUUUUCAGGGUUGAGAGUGGUUCUUUAGCCGGGUGUGGUGGUACACACCUGUAACCCCAGCUCUCAGGAGGCUUUUGAGGCAAGAGGAUCACUAUAAAUUUCAAGCCAGCCUAGGCUACAAAGUGAGUUCAGGGCCAGCCUAAACUGCACAGCACAUUCCGGUCUCAAAGACUCAAAGACAGACAGGCAGACAGACACACACACACACACACACACACACAGAGGUUCUUUUAAUUCUAUUUGGACACCUGAAAAUGUGCAAAAUUCUAAUUACCUGGAAAUCAGAUAAUUAGAGAAAUCACUUUGAAAUGUACAGAAGAAAUAUAUCUUAAAAUGCUAUUUUGUCAUCACUUCCAAAUUACCUCAUAGUUAAGUUCUAAAUCUUACAAUGUUAGAAACCAAUAAAUAUUUCUUUUUGAUCACUACUGUUUGUAGUCUGAUAGAAGUUUGAAAUUUUGCCUGUGACUAUCAGAUUAAUGAUGGAAAUGGAUUCCUUUUUCCAGUUGUUCAUUGUGUAUUCAAUCCAGUGAACUAAUGUAUGCAUAAAUGACCUGACCAUAAAUGACCACUAUCUUAAUGGAAAUGCAGUUUAACUUACCUGCUUAGAGUAAUAAAAGCAUUUUGUGCAAUCUCCCAA